AUGCCCGGCCUGUACUGCCCCUCCAGCUGGACCCCGCUGCCCCUCACGGACUCCUGGGUCCGGGCCUGCGCCAACGGACCCUGCCUCAGCCUGCGGGCCCGGCUCACCUACCACAACCCGCAGCCGCAGCCGGUGGACGGGGUCUUCGUGUACCCGCUGGCGGAGGCCGAAGUGGUAUCUGACUUCGAGGCGGAGGCUGCCGGGCGGCGCGUUUCCUUCCAGCUGCAGAGCAGGCGCCGCUCGCAAUCCGCUUGCUGCCUGGCGCUGGGCCCCGGCCUAGGGGCCUCCACGCCCCGCCGCUGCGCGCAGGGUCAUCUUGUCUUGGAUCUGGCCCAGGCCCGGUCCACGUUGGUGCUGCCCACAGGCCUCAUUGCAGCGGCCGGCACCAUGACGGUGACCCUGCGCAGCAGCCGGGAGAUGCCCUCAAGGCCUAAUGGGGUGCUGUGCAUGGCUUUGCCCUCUGUGCUCACACCCCUGGCCUCACCAGGCCCACCGGGGCCCCCUAGGCCUCCGGGGCUCUGUGACGACAGCCCCACCAGCUGCUUCGGGGUGGGCAGCCCUCUGGAGGAAGGGCAGGCCUGGGAGGAGCCAGCUGCCCCUUGGGAUGUGUUCUCAGGCCCUGCCCGCUGCCCUGCCCCAUACACCUUCUCCUUCGAGAUGCUGGUGACUGGGCCAUGCCUGCUGGCAGGCCUGGAGAGCCCCUCUCAUGCCCUGCGGGCAGAUGCCCCUCCUCAUGCCAACUCUGCAGCCACGAUUUGUGUCACGCUGGCGGAGGGCCAUCCCUGUGACCGGGCCUUGGAGAUCCUGCUAUACCCCAGUGAACCCCACAAGCCACACCUGAUGUUGGAAGCCGGCAGCCUGAGCGCCGCAGAAUAUGAGGCCCGGGUGCGGGCCCGCCGGGAUUUCCAGAGACUACAGCGAAGGGACAGUGAUGGGGACCAACAGGUAUGGUUCCUGCAGCGACGCUUCCACAAGGAUAUCCUGCUGAACCCUGUGCUGGUGUUGAGCUUCUGUCCAGAUCUGAGCUCCAAGCCUGGGCACUUGGGCACAGCUACACGGGAGCUCCUUUUCCUGAUGGAUGGCAGCAGCAUGGCAUACAAGGAUGCCAUUGUUUUGGCUGUGAAGUCCCUCCCGCCCCAGACGCUCAUCAAUCUGGCCACAUUUGGUACUUCGGUGCAGCCUCUCUUCCCAGAAAGCCGGCCUUGCAGUGAUGACAAUGUGCAGCUGAUCUGUGAGAGCAUUGAGAUUCUGCAGGCCGUGGGGGUCCCGGAUGUGCUGGCUGCAUUGGACUGGGCCAUGGCGCAGCCCCAGCACAAGGCCCACCCUCGACAGUUAUUCCUGCUCACUGCUGCCUCUCCCGUAGCCGCUGCUACACACCAAACCCUGGAGCUCAUGAGGUGGCACAGAGGGGCGGCUAGAUGCUUCUCCUUUGGGCUGGGGCCUGCCUGCCACCAGCUGCUCCAGGGUCUGUCCACCCUCAGCAGGGGCCAGGCCUACUUUCUGAAGCCUGGGGAGAGGCUGCAGCCCAUGCUGGUGCAGGCGCUGCGGAAGGCACUGGAGCCCGCUUUGAGUGACAUCUCUGUGGACUGGUUUGUGCCCGACGCAGUGGAGGCACUACUGACCCCCAGGGAGAUCCCAGCGCUCUAUCCGGGGGACCAGCUGCUCGGUUACUGCUCACUCUUCAGAGUGGAUGGCUUCCGGUCCCGCCCCCUGGGGGGCCAAGAGCCUGGCUGGCAGAGCUUGGGCGGCUCUGUGUUCCCAUCCCCAGAGGAGGCGCCAUCUGCCACCAGCCCUGGCACUGAGCCCACUGGCACCUCAGCACCCCCAGAAGUAGGCACUGUAUCAGCAGAGCUGUCCAGUCCAUGGGCUGCUGGGGACUCAGAGCGGAGUGCUGAUGCUCUGACAGACCCAGUCACAGAUCCUGGACCCAACCCCUCCUCUGAUACAGCCAUAUGGCGCCGCAUCUUCCAGUCCUCAUACAUCCGAGAGCAGUAUGUGCUCACCCACUGCUCUGCCAGCCCCGAACCAGGCCCAGGCUCCACGGGCAGUGGCGAGUCCCUUGGCUCCCAGGGCCCUGGCUCUCCCGAAGGGAGUGCUCUUCCGGAUCCCCCUUCUCAGCAGGGCUGCCGCAGCCUGGCCUGGGGAGAACCUGCAGGCUUCCGCUCCUGCCCCCUCCCUCCACCCCCACUGGCUCCAAUCAAGCCUGGGGCCUUGAGUGCUGAGGUUCUGGGCCGACGACGAAGAGUAGCUCUCGCUGGUCGAAGCCUCUCAUCACCCCCAGGCCAAGUGAACCCAGUCUCUGGUGGCCCUCGGCACCCCUCUCUGGGCACAGCACCAGAUGGAUCAGGCCCCGAGUCAGGGCAGCAGCUGGGACAAGGCCUGGACGACUCAACAAACCUGCUCUCCCCAGCACCCAUGGACUGGGACAUGUUGAUGGAGCCAUCCUUCUUGUUCACAGCUGUGCCCCCCAAUGGGGAGUCAGCCCCUCCAGCAGUGCCACCACCACCCCAGGCUCCACGCUGUCAUGUGGUUAUCCGGGCCUUGUGUGGGGAGCAACCUAUGAGUUGGGAGGUGGGUGUUGGGCUAGAGCCACUAUGGGAGUCUAAGGAUGAUGGCUCACAGCCACUGUCACCCCUUGAGAGAGAAGGCUCUUGGGACCAAGCAUUCCACCGACUGACAGCGGCCUCUGUGGUCCGGGACAAUGAGCAUCUGGCUCUCCGAGGCGGGGUUGAGACCAGGGCUGACCGAGGCCAUGCCCGGAGGUCCUGGCUCCGAGCCCUUCAGACAAGCAAAGUCAGCUCAGCCCCCUCCUGCUUCACCUGCCCUGUAGCUGUUGACGCUACUACUAGAGAGGUCCUGCCCUUUGCCCUGCAGGUGCGGAGCUCAGAGCCAGCGGAGCCCCCAGGCACUCCUCUUGCCUCGCAGGGCCUACUAGAUGCAGCUUCUCGGCCCACAGCUGUCCACUCUAAAGGACUUCAGGGAGGUUCUUUAGCAGGUGGCCAGGACCAGGACCAGAACGACAGCUCCACGCCUGCUUUGGGGGACCCUACAGACCCCACUGGAGGUCCUCAUCAUCUGCCCAUGCAGCCUUCUGCUAGGCUCAGCCUGGGUCGUUGGAAGGCCAGGGGCCCAAACAGCCGCAAACUCUGUAGCCCCAGCCAGAGCCAGACCAGUGACCAUGACUACCUGCCCUUGGUGCGGCUGCAGGAGGCACCUGGCUCCUUCCGCCUUGAUGCACCCUUCAGCUCUGCAGUGCACAUCCCACAGGAGCGCCUGUGCCGUGCUUCACCCUUCGCCGUGCACCGCGCCAGCCUCAGCCCCACCUCAGCCUCAUCUCCCUGGGCACUUCUGGGCCCCAGUAUUGGCCAGGGCGACAGUGCCACAGCCUCCUGCAGCCCAUCCCCCAGCUCAGGCUCUGAGGGUCCAGGCCAGGUGGACAGUGGGCGGGGCUCAGACACUGAGGCCUCAGAGGGGGCAGAGGGAUUAGGCGGCGCAGACCUGCGGAGCCGGACCUGGGCUACAGCGGUGGCGCUAGCUUGGCUGGAGCACCGCUGUGCUGCUGCCUUUGGCGAGUGGGAACUGGCAGCAGCCAAGGCUGACUGUUGGCUACGGGCCCAACACCUACCUGAUGGCCUCGACCUGGUUGCCCUCAAGGCUGCGGCACGGGGUCUCUUCUUGCUGCUGCGCCACUGGGACCAGAACCUGCAGCUACACUUGCUGUGCUACAGUCCAGCAAAUGUGUGAGGACACAGCAUGCUGCUUGGGAUGAUCUCCCCUUUCCCUCCAACACACUCACGUCACUGCCACCCCGGGUCGGUCUUGGUGCUGGGAAGGGGUAGAUUGGUGCCAGCCUGCCCACUUCCCCCACCUACCCACUGCUUCUCAUUCCCCCUUCCCCAAUCCUUUUCACCCCACAGAAAGUGCCUGCCUGUGCUCUCUCCGCUCCUCCCACCCCAGGCCCCGGCCCUCUGAGCUCUGUGCAGUGCAGUGGAUGGGGAGAGAGCCACAGUUUCCAAACCCUAUGCAAUAAAGUGCCUCUUA